GGUGAAGUGUAGCAGAGGAAUUGUUUUACGUGGAAAUUUGACAGAACUGCUGGAGUAUAAAGAUGAGGCUGGAGAUGUCAGGGACAUUACAAGCAACAAGUGGAGAAGAAGACAGCCAUACCACACAGAAGUCUACUUACAAGACACUCAACAGUGCAAGAUGAAGAUCCACUUUGUCUUUCUUUCAUGUGUGCUGCAAUGUGUGCAUCAAAACCAUUAGAACCACGUUGCAGAUGUGCUGAAACAGACAAAUCAGUGAAACUUAACCUAAUAUUAUCCUAUCGGAAGACAGCCCCAACCAUUUUCUGCAACAAAACUGAAGUCAUAGUGACCCUCAAAGACAAGAGAAAAGUGUGUAUUGAUCCCAAUGGAAAAUUCUUUCAUUUUCUUGAGGAGUUGAGGAAGAAAUUGUCACAGACUCGAGCCAAGAAAAACUCUGCAAUAACAACAACUGAACCACCAGCAGAAUAUUCAACUGCAUCUGGCAAAACUCUCCAGACCUCAUCACCUUUAAUGUGAACUAAUACUACUUCAAAACAGAAAUAGCCACGGGAAAAAUGGUUAAGACCUGAUUUACUUUUAUUUUUACAGGAAUCAAAACAUGCCACAGCUAGAAAUCUUAAAGUUUUGUCUUUUAAAUAUAUAUUUUUUUAUCAAAGGUACAGAUCAUUUUCUACUGACUGAAGUAUAUAUUUUUAAUAAUAUUUAUGAGAGAUUUAAGUUAUGUUUGCAUUUUAUAUCGACCAUGUGAAUGAAAAAGACUGUGACUUUUGAAGUGAAUUUUGUUUUGUACAAUAUUUUCAUAUAUAAAAGAAGAUUGACAAUGUUAUUUCUUGUUUGUUGACACCUUAU